AGAAAUCGCAAGAAAACAAAAACGUAUCAGAAAGAAACAAAAGCAUAGUGCCUACGUUGUUCACAACCAUUACGAGCCGAAUUCGACUACAAUAACAAGAAAUCCACUUUGUAAUAACAUACUCGAUUUUCAGGUUAUCGUACGUCUAUAUAUAACACGCCUACUUCUCGUCAAUUCCAACACCUAAUUUCAAGAAUCAACUAUAGUGGGCCCAUAUUCAAAUGUGUUCCGGCAAGAAAAUGAUCUUCGUAAUAGUAGCUACACUCGCCAUAGCCCAAAGCGCUCUAGCCGGAGAUCCCGAUAUCCUCACCGACUUUGUGGUACCACCAAACUCACCACCGCCCGACGGAAACUUCUUCACAUACAUCGGAUUUCGAUCUGUCGUAAACGGCUCGGUCCCACCAACCUUCAAAGUCGUAAAGGCAGCGGUGGAACAAUUCCCAGCCCUGAACGGACAGAGUGUUUCAUACGCUAUGCUAAUAUACCCCGCCGGUGCAGUGAACCCGGUCCACACGCACCCUCGAUCGGCCGAGCUACUGUUUCUAACACGUGGCACGUUACAAGUGGGAUUUGUGGACACUACAAACAAACUCUACACUCAGACACUGCAGCAAGGCGAUCUAUUCGUGUUUCCUAAAGGGCUGGUUCAUUUCCAGUACAACGCCGAUCCUAUGUUGCCAGCUGUCGCUUUGUCGGCUUUCGGGAGCGCGAAUGCCGGAACCGUUUCUUUGCCGAAUAGUCUGUUUAAUUCGACGAUUGACGACAGUGUUCUGGCACGGUCUUUCAAGACUGAUGUCCCCACUAUUCAAAAGAUCAAGGCUGGGCUCAAGGGCUAGAAGAACAUAAAUAAAUUUAUUAAUGUUUUAAUUUUAUUUAUUUUAAGCCAUGUCUCCUUUGCAGAGUGUAAAACUUCUACUACAAUAAAUAAUUUGUCCUAAUUUUGUUGGAAGAUGAAUUCCCAUAAUUUUUUUUUAUAUCAUUAGGCAAUGCUCAAACUUAUUAUCUCCUUCAUGGAAGCUAAGCAGCAACACAAGGACCAAAAAUAAAUACUUGUAGCUUAAACUCGAUUUUAAUUCUCCUCCCUACUAUUCGAUAUAUCUAAACCUCGAAGUGACCUUUUUAAAAUUUCGAGCCAAGUAAGGCUGUCUAGCCGUGACGUAAUUCUUUCGUAUUGAAAUAUAGUUAUGGAUAUGUAGAUACAAAAUUUACUAACCAUAUCUAAAUUAUUAGCAUUAAUCUCAUCGAUAAUCGUGAUUCUUGAUUUAGUACAACUACAUUGUUAUCUUAUUACGUUAGACUAUCGAAAUGUAGUGAUUCCGGAAAGU